ACUUGUGAGUUAACUAGAGCAUCUGUGAGUAUUGUCUACUGUGUGACGUUUUGCACAAUGCCGUCGACUCUUUCCGAGCCGCGGAAAACGGGGGAUUUCCGGGAGACCUACCGGAAGAACCAGCCCUCCGACCGUUCGCCAUUGCAGCGUCUGUUCACGUGCAAUCGAAAGCGCCUGACCAACAUGGCGCUAAGUCUCUUUCCGGUGUGGCGGAUCAUGAGGAAGUACCAGUGGAAGACGGAUUUCCUGGCGGAUCUAAUCUGCGGGAUCACAGUAGGGAUCAUGCAGUUGCCGCAAGGUAUGGCGUACGCAAUGUUGGCUGAAAUGCCACCGGUGGUCGGCCUAUACCUGUCGUUCUUUCCAGUCAUCAUUUACUACAUCUUCGGUACAUCCAAACACGUUUCCAUGGGCACCGUUGCGGUGGUUAGCUUGCUGACUGGCUCAGUUGUCGCUCGAUUUUACGAUACUGCUGGCACGUCAACGUCAACAGUGCCCGGUAAUGCCACCGAAGACGUCAACGUAACGGUCGCCACUGUGGCAUCUUCUGGGCUUAGCGAUGAGCAGAAGAUUGCUAUCGGCAUGUCCGUGGCUUUUCUUGUUGGACUUGUGCAGCUCAUCAUGGGUAUUUGCCGUCUCGGGUUCGUUACCACGUACAUGUCGGACCCACUGAUUGCCGGCUUCACUACUGGUGUCGCAAUCCACGUGGGCACCAGUCAGGUCAAAUACGUCUUCGGGCUCAAAAUUCCACGCACGGACGGGAUGUUCCAAGUUGUCAAUACGUACAUACACAUCUUUUCGAACAUUCACAAGACGAACAUCGCUACCCUCAUCAUCUCGAUCAUCUGCAUGGUAGCUCUCUACUUGGUCAAGGAGCAAAUCAACCAGAGAUUCAAGAAGAAGCUCAGGGUGCCCGUCCCCAUCGAACUUAUAGUGGUCGUUGGCGCCACGCUUGCAACUCAUUAUGGAAAUUUCUACAAAACGUACGGUGUUAAAAUAGUAGGCGAUAUACCUCGAGGCUUACCACAACCAUCAUUUCCCACCUUUGUGAGCCCGGACAAGUACAUUACCGAUGUGUUCAUCAUUGCCAUUAUUUCAUUCGCUCAGUCCGUCUCCCUAGCCGCCAUCAUGGCCAAGAACAACAAAUACACAAUCGACUCAAAUCAGGAGUUGAUGGCGUAUGGUAUUGGUAACAUAUUCGGAUCGUUUUUCUCGUGUUAUCCGUUCGCGGCCUCCGUGUCAAGAAGCUCCGUACAAGAAUCAGCGGGUGGUAAAACUCAGGUUGCUAGCCUAUUCUCAGCAGGGAUGGUGUUGAUUGUCAUUAUUUGGCUCGGACCAUUGUUCAAAUCAUUGCCCAGCUGCGCGCUCUCAGCGAUCAUUAUCGUUGCCUUGAAAGGUCUGAUUUUUCAACUCUUUGAAAUUCCAAACGUCUGGAAAACAUCGAAGUAUGACUGCUUUAUCUGGGUGGUGACUUUUGUCUUUACCACGCUCCUACACGUGGACUUUGGACUCCUCAUCGGAAUAGUGUUUUCCUUCUUCACAGUGGUGUUAAGAACACAAGUAGCUAAACCUGUACAUCUUGCAAAAGUGUCAGACGAAAAGAUCUACAAAGAUCCAAAGUACUACAUUCAGACCAUUGUGCACAGCACAAUCAAGGUCGUCGGCUACCACUGUCCGAUCUACUACGCCAAUGGCGACCUGUUCGCUAGCGAAGUGUACCGUCUAGCUACCAUAAAGCCAGAAGCUCUUCGAAAACACAUCCGGCGGUCAAACAUGACAAGCAAAGCCAGCCUUAACAGUACAACUUCUGUCAACGGCAAUUCAGCGUUACCACUGUCCCACUCGGAGAGUAGGAUAACUAUAGACCACGCCUUUCCAAUUGCGGACCCCAAGGAAAUCCCCACAAUGGAGUUCAAGUACCCACUCUCUCACAUCAUCCUCGACUUAUCCGCUGUCGCUUUUGUCGAUUCUGUCGGUUGCAAGGUCCUCAAAAAUAUUAUUCAAGAGUAUGCUAGCGUGGACGUAAAAGUAUGGAUUGCUAACAUCUCUGACGACAUUUGGAACAUCUUUGACGUUACUGGCGUGAUUGGCAAGCACAAGGAGAGCAUCUACCUCACCGUAGAUGACGCCUACAAUGCGGCCAAAGACGAGGUGGACAACGAAAAGAACUGCAACGUGAAGUGCGACGGUGAAAACGGCGUGGCAAUUAUAUCAGAUAUGCGCGUUUGAUGACACGCUUACAGAGAACUUUGUGGCAACAUACAAACAGAAGGAGAAGAUCUCGUUGUGUUAUACGUUAACAGGAGUGAGUUUUUUCUGGCCCGGUACAUGAAAGGAAAAGGACUAGAUUUCCAUACGAGAUGUUAUACAAAGCAGUGGACAGUAUCCAAAGUGUAUUUGUGCUGUACAUUUUUAUGAAGAUUGUAUAUACAUAUUGUUUAAGCCAUUUCAAAUGUAGUCUAAAUUAUGUACACGGAUUUGUAUAUUAUCUUUUACAAUUUUGUAUUUUUUUCAUCGACGUAUUGUAUACUACAAAACCUAAAUGUAUCUAGUUUACUCAUUUGUUAUAUGUUCAUUCCUUUAUACUUGCAAGACACGCACGCUGCUUGUAGCUGAAUGAGCUUGGACGAGAACGGUCACAGCUACAUAAUCUUUGAAGUCCGAAAAUGAUAUAGAUAUGUCCAGUGCAUGACAAUUAUGCAUUUUAGCGCUUCAUUUAUACGAUUUUAUUUAUAAGAAAUAAUAUGCAAGAAGACAAUUCUUGUUUGACCUUUAAGUUGUUAAUUGAUGAAGCUUAUUAUGUUGUUAUCGUUCAUUGUUGAAAUGUCUGGAAACAAAAAACUAUUCUGUUAACAACUACAUUCUGAAUAACGUCCAAGAAAGAAGUUCUUACACAUAAGAAAAACAAUGGAAUUAAAAUUUCAAUUACAUAUCCCGAAAUAUAUUAAAAUCAGUAUUUUAUGUAUUUUCUUAAUUUACUUGUUGUUGUAUUGUAUUUCCGUUUUCAACAGUAUUUCAGCCAAUGCACGGUGGACUAUUACCAAACUCACACUUUUCCUGAGCUUGGCGGUUUACCAGUACUUAGUUCACAUACUCAUGCCAUUAAGCGACAACUGCCCUCCUUGCAUCCGAUGUAAGGUGGGAGAAC